AUGGGGUCAGCGAGAUCACACUUGCAGACUUUCACAGUGGUGGCACUUCUUUGCCUAUGUUUGGCCGCCGGAGGCGCGAGGACGGAGGUGCGUGGAAAGGUCGGAGGUGCGGCGGAGUUGGAGUGUAGUGUUCCUCCAUCGGAGCCAACCGGCGUGACCUCAGCCUCCCUGCACGUGGUCGAAUGGGUCCGACGGGGACUCGAUAUCCCCGUCCUGAUCAAGUUCGGAGCCUAUGCGCCUCGACUCCACCCACAAUAUGAGGGGCGGGCGUCUCUGGUACGAGUCACCGACCUGAGGCUGGAGGAGCUGGAGCUGCAGGACGGGGGCCUGUACGAGUGUCGAAUCCUCUUACUGGAUGAACCCACGGAUGAGCUGCAGAACGGCACCUGGACUCAGCUUUCUGUAACCGCCCCACCCACCUUCACUGAAGCCCCGCCUCCUGUGAUGGAGGCUCUGGUUGGAAGACACCUCUCUCUUGCCUGUGUUGCUAUUGGCAACCCUACCCCGACCAUCACUUGGCUAAAAGAUGACAGUGUGAUUCCAAGAAUAAAUUAUCAGGAAGGAGCCUUAUCUCUGCGAGCAGUGAGCAUGCAGUCAGCAGGACGGUACACCUGCCACGCCUCCAACUCCGAGGGAAACGUGACUCGCAUGACCAAAGUAAAGAUCAAAGGCCCACCUGUUAUUGUCACCCCUCCCACAAGCACCGCUCUCAACAAGUCCCAGAAUGCUCUACUGCGGUGCCAGGCGGUGGCCGACCCCCCCAACAUGACCUACGUGUGGCAGAGAGGAGGAGAGAACGUCCAUCACAUAGAGUCUCUGAAGUCGCGAGUGAAGAUCAUGGUAGAUGGAACUCUACUCAUCUCCAGUCUCAUCCCCGAGGAUUCUGGGAACUACACCUGCAUGCCGACCAACGGCCUGCUGAACCCGCCCACCGCCUCGGCCAACCUCACAGUGAUGCACCCGGCCCAGGCUCUCCCGAUGCCGCAGCGGACGUACCUCCCCACGGGCAUGGAGGGCGUGGUCACGUGCCCAUCGGCCGCGCAGCCUCCGCUGCUCCGGGUGGAUUGGACAAAAGAUGGAGAACCACUCGACCUGUCCUUGUAUCCAGGAUGGACCUUGACACCCGGGGGCUCUCUGCUCAUGACCACAGUCAAUGACGAUACAGCCGGCGUGUACACGUGUACCCCGUACAACAGCUACGGCAGCGCGGGUCCAUCUGAGCCAACGGACGUUAUCCUACAGGACCCCCCGUCAUUCAGCGUCGCUCCAGAGAAGCAGUACAGACAGGAAGCUGGUAGGACCCUGCUCGUCCCCUGUCAAGGGAACAAGGACCCCACAAUUAAAGUCACCUGGAGCAAGGUCGACUUGGCUCGUCGCACUUCUUACUCCGUAGAACCCAACGGUUCUCUUCUCCUGCAGCCGCUCACGAAGGACCACCAGGGGGCGUGGGAGUGCAGCGCCGUGAACCGCGUGGCCUCGGUCAAAGCCGGCACACAAGUCUUUGUCCUGGGAACCAGUCCCCACGCGGCUGCCUCUCUGUCCGUCUCUCCGGGGGUGAGGCAGGCAAACGUUUCCUGGGAGGCAGGCUUUGAUGGAGGAUCAGCACAGACAUUUUCAGUUUGGGUGAAGAAGACUUCAGCGGGCGAUAAUGACGGGAGGCAGGACUGGUUCUCCGUGCCCGUGCCCUCCUCCUCCGGCUGCCGCCUGCAGGUGACGGGCCUGUCUGCCGCCACCGACUACCAGUUCAGCAUCCUGUCUCGCAAUAAGAUGGGCACUGGGCCCUUCAGCGAGAUCGCCGCCGCGCGCACCUCCGAUCCUCCGCCGAAGAGAAGCCAGCUCAAGCCCCCCGCGUCGCUGUCGGCUCAUCGGGGCUCAGCGGGUGUCGUCCUGCAGUGGUCCCUUCCCGAGGCCCAGCACCCUCCCGUCACGGGCUUCGUUCUCCAGUCCCGCACCGAGCGGGGGGAGUGGUUUCACUUGGACGAGGACAUCGGUGCCAACAGUAGCGAGAUCGUGGUUCCGGGUCUGCACAAGGACUGCGUGUACGAGCUGCGGCUGCUAUCUCGUCGCGGGGAGUUGCUGAGCGAGCCCAGUCCAUCAGUCAAUGUCUCCACCAUGGGGAUGGAGAUCUACCCCGCCACAUCACGACUCCUGGAGCUCGUCCCGGAGCCGUUGCUGGCCGGCGUGCUGGGCGGGGUCGGCUUCAUGUGCCUGGCUCUGGUCUUGCUGCUGGGGUCUGCCUGUGUUAUCAGCCGCAAGAGGGACCAGCGUCGCAGAAAGAAGCAGCACGAGCCCCCCCCUGUCAUCUAUAAAUGUUCCUCAUCAAUAAAGACUUCCGUCACUGGCAGUCCAAACAGUGUGUUGAAGACGAGUCCACUUCCAGCCAGCAUCCUCUAUCCCACCACUUGCUCUACCACCACCUCCUCAUCCUCGCAGACAGACUGUUCCUCCUUCAGCCCCGAGAGUCAUCAUCGGCGAAAGCAACUCCCGUCCGCCUACGGCACAGGCCGCCUUACGAGGACAACUUCUUCUCCGAUUCCUUCCCCGAUCGAGUUGAUCUCCAGAGGACCGGAUGGGCGCUUCGCCCUCCUACCGUACGGCCGUGAGGUGCAGAGUGUUCACAUCAAGGAGAGUGGACGGCACGACCAAGCUCGAGUCCGAAGGUCUGCGUCGGUGCACUCGGAGAGGGAAAACGGGAAGCAGCCAGCGUUUGUGCUCUCUGUUGAUCUCCUACCUUGCGAACCAGCAGAGACUGAUUCCACAAAGCAAAGUCUUGGCAUGGCCCAUGGCUUGUCCCAUCACGGCCCAUACAUCUUGGAUCAGAAGGCGAACCACGGUGGCUUUCUCGACUUCAGCAGCCUGGGCUCAAACAGUAGUUUGGCCACCAUUCCUCAUCAAGACAGAGGAGUAACUCCCACAUUUCCAGUGCUCCCACACAUCCGGUCCGGCCUUGGUCAGCCAUCCACGACCGCCAGCGCCCUGGUUCUCCAGAUGGAGCACGAGCGGGAGAGAGGAAACCUGAGUCACUGCCUGAAGCUGGCUCAGGAGAGGGAGGAGCUGGAGAGGGAGCUCCACAGGUACACUCUGGAGAGGGGCUCCAUGAGAGAAAUGAAGAGGGAGCACUCAGACCUGGAGAGCGGUGAGCCCGGACCUGUUUCAGUGCGUCUUCACCCGCGAGUUCCUCUAGUUUUAAGUCCGGCCACCUUCAUCCUGCUCCAUCCUUCACCGAACAGACCCCCCUCCUAUCUCAGGAGCAGUAAAUGCACCGAGGGAUCUAAUUGGGUUGCCGAUGGAGUGCCAGACUCAGCAAAAGCGGAGGAAGCGUUCCCUCAGCCCACUGAUGAAGACGUGUGUGUGGAGAUGAGUGUGGAUGAGCCGGAGUUGGAGGCGUGUGCAAUACGGCCCGCGAAGCCCAUGCUGCACGACAGGAUCGCCUCGCAUGGGCCCAGCUGCUCCGCGAACUCCAGGACCAGAAUCCCGGAGAGCUGUGACCCACGGCUCCAAACUCUGGGACACUAA